CAGUUUAGAAAACAACAUAGAAAUAUUUGCAAUUUACUGCGCUGUACCUAGUGAAAUUAGGAAAGAUGAAGCUAUGCAGAAUAUUAACAAUGUUCUGAAUACAUCACUGACUUUGCGUAACUUAAGAAUUCCGCACCGUAACAUAGAAUUAAUUGGAGAAAUGUUUUGUAAUGAAGACUCAUCAACUGACAAUGGUACUUUUUAUUGGCCGAUGACAAAAAUAGGAAAAAACGUGACGAUUCCAUGCCAUGCAAAUGUAGCAAGAAGACACUGCUCUUCCAGAAAGGCGGUAGAUCUAGAAAUACAAACAAACCAAAAUAUGAUAUCACGAGAGUGUUCGCCAUUUACCGGUAUCUGGCAGGAGCCAGACAUGUCUCAGUGUUACAAUACAGAGUGGAUCACUCGACAACUAAAGAACAUCACAAGCCAAGACAUCGAUGAAGAAAACGUUGAGCCGGUUUCAACAAAACUCCUGAAUAUUUCAGAGAAAUCAGUGUAUUUCAAAGCAGAAGAUAUUGACUUGGCUGUAGACACACUUGAGAAAAUGGUGCCAUUGAUAUCGAAUGUGUCCGUCAAUAUAACACUGAACAAUAUACUUCCUAGCAUCAACUAUAUGAUAAACAAACCGGAAGAGGUUUUGGUUGAAGCUGGACAGUCAGAGAGAACUGGGGAAAGAAUGCUGGACGUCAUAGAAAUAAUCCCAGAAAAGAUUCCACUGGAAAAGCAGCAAGUCGCGGUUUCGUAUUCUAAUCUUGCUAUUGGUGCUGCCAAAGUGGAUAAAGACACUUUCAAUGGUCUGAUCUUUGCUGUUUCAUAUGGAACCAAUGAAACGAAAGCGAGGAGUGAGAUAUAUAACAACUCAAACUCACAAGUAGAAGAUGUGAUGGACUUCAUUUCUUUACCAAAGAGUUUAUUAAAACAUCUGAAUGACGAAGAACAGUCAAGUCUUUCAAGGAUUUCGUUUUUGUCUAUGCAUGAAGAUAAGCUUUAUAAGGUAACACAAAAAUCUAGUCCCAAAGCAAAUGCUAAAAUUAACAGCCAUAUUAUUGCUGCAAAUAUUCCUAACGUUCAAAUAACCAAGCUUGAUGAACCAAUUAGAAUAUCCUUCAACGUAAUAGAUCCGGAUUUAACCAAUCCACAAUGUGUUUAUUGGCAUGAAUCUCCUGAACAGAAUAAUUCUCAUUGGUCAACAGAAGACUGUGAUAUAGCCACCUCUGGACCUGGAGAGAAAGUGCUUUGUUCCUGUCACCUUCUUACAAGUUAUGCCCUGUUAAUGGAAUCCGAUGAAAAUGAAGGCGAUACAAAGAAUAAUCAUCUCUUAUCUUUUAUUAGCAGUGGAAUAUCACUUCUCUGUCUCAUUCUUACCAUGAUAGUUCAUGUUUGUUCCACAAAUCUGUGGAAAUUAACGGAUUCAAAAAUGUUGGUAAACAUGUGCAGUUCUUUAACUGUCGCUAAUCUUGUCUUUGUUGUUGGGUUGCUGGGAUAUGGUACAGAAAUAACAGCUGUUUGUAAGGCAAUGGCUGUUCUGAUACACUACUUCAUUUUGACAUCUCUUAUGUGGAAGGUUGUAGAAGCAUUUCAUAUUUAUCUAGAUGUCGUUCGUAAAACAUAUCAGACGUCUUCUGUGAAGAGGAGUUCAAUUUUGGCCUGGGGUCUUCCAGCUGUCAUUGUCAUAAUUACUCUGGCAACUAACGACACAAACAAUUACAUCAGAAUUGGACAAUUCUGCUGGUUACCCAACUCAUACUUCUACGGUGCCUUCCUGGGUCCCGUGAUGAUCAUUCUUACCUUCAACAUCACCAUGUUUUUUCUCGUUAUGUACCGUCUCAUCUCAAAGUCAAACGACAAGAAAUUUGAACACGCAUCAAACAAAGCACGUAUUUUUGGCAUGGCUGGUUCGUGUCUCCUACUUGGGGUGCCGUGUAUCUUAGCAUUCCUCUUAUUUGACAAAACAACCAAACUCAUUAUUACCCUCUUGGCAAUUUUCAGUGUCCUUCAAGGACUCUUUAUCUUCAUAUUCUACUGUAUAUGCAAAAAGGAUGCCAGACAUGUCGUCUGCCUGUGUUUAUGCAAACGAAACAAAGUACAUCUGAGCCAAGCUCCGAAGGAUAUAAGAAGUUCAAGCUCCGGUAAUGUAGCAGAAAGAAAAACAGAAGAAGCAAACUUAUAAAUGAAAAUCAAAAUAUUUGCCUUCAAAAGUCACCUUUAACCGAUUCAUGCCGAUCGUCUGUUUAAACUGACGCUUGAUUUAUAAGAGUAUAAAACAAAUGCUUGAUACAAAUUGUCAUUUGUGUAUGAUCUGUAUCAAAGAAUGAAACGUGUUCUUAACGAGUAUGCAGUCUGUAUCAAACGGAUUUCAAUGAAAUUUUUUUUCAGUUGUUAUUUAGGUCAAAAUAAUAGUAUCUGUGAAUUUUCAGGCAAUUUCAUUCACUGAAAAAAUUUCAGCACGAAUGAGUCAAUCAUACGUUAAAAGGCUAAAUUUACUUCUUAUAUCACAAUAAAGAUCUUUCACUAUAACGUAGCUUUAUUUUUACCAAUCAAUACAACACUAUUCAACUAAAAGAAUACUUAAUCCACAAUAAAGAAAUUCUAAACAAAGUCAAGUGCAUGACUAUUGACUGAUAUUUUCUAGCCGCCAAUUUCACCAUA